CGCGGCUGAAGGGAAAUCGCAUAUCUCCGUCCAAGAUCCCAGAACCGAUUCUUCUGCUCUCUCGCGAGGGACUGGGAUCGAUUGUACAGAAGGAAAGAAAACCUGCAAGGAAAUUACGGAUGAUUCAAGGCUGAUUCCCCGCUGCGUCAAUGCCAAAAAUAGAUAGAACAAAAAUACUCUGUCAUUUUUUUCCUUCCCUGUAGCGGCCAAACUCAAAGUAAAUUUGGCCGAUGGGCUUCUAGUGGACGGCAGCAGACUCGGAUCUUCAUCCCCUCGCAUCGGAAAUCUAAAUCUGGUAUUCAUCAGGGAAGCCGAAAUUCUAAAGAGCACUGAUUUCGGUACUCUCAUGUGUUAUGCACUUCUCAUGCACCUUCAUCCCCUGGGCCUUAGCUACUUUUUCAGCUCCAACGGAAUACCAAUGAGUUCCUGUCUGUCUGCAAUGCAGAUGCUCUUUCCCAAAUCCCAAUUGAACCCUCUUGACAUGGCUCACUAUCUGCUCUCGCACUUCGAGGACGCCACGACCGUGCAUGCAUGUAUCUAUGAAAUGCACAUUGAUAUAUGCUUCAUGUUUUUUAAUAGUACUGAAUUUUGUUUAAUUCCUUAGAAUUUUCUUGAGUUAUUUUAUUUUGCUCCAGUGAGGUUGAGAUGCAAAGGAGUGAAUCCAGGUAGUCAUCAAGUGAAAUCAGAGAUUGUAUGUUUUAUUUUAAAUUUUUUUCAUCUUCUGUAGGUGGAUAGUUCUUUUUUUGUAUUAUUGCAGUUGCAACUUUUGGGGAGAGUAGGUGUUGCUUGGGUUCAUUUCCACUACUAAAUUUCCCCAGAUUUUGUCAUUGGUAUUCCCUUGAUUAAUACAUUUAUGAUUAUGGUAUGAUGAAGUGAUGAACAUAUAAAAAUGCUAUUAUGCUUUGUUUAUCUCUUAAAACUUGAGUGGUUGAUAUCAUGCUUUAUGUUGCUUUACUUUAUUAGCAGCUAAAGAUUUUAAUUUCAUUCCAUAAAAAGAGUCAUUUUUCAACAACUAUAGCUAAAUUUCAAUCUUUCUUUAUGGUUAAACUAAAUUUAACACCCCUAAAUAAUGUUGGUCAAAUGUAUGAAGUACUCACUUUUAAAUACAAGUACGUAGUGUUUUGCCUUUUUUCUUAGUGUUUUACCUAAUAUUCUCUUAGUAUUUUACCUAAUCUUCUCUUUGCAGUCAGGGACAAGUUGAGAAGAACAUUGAUGUGCAGAGUCUGUCUUGCCUCUUGGUGGAGCAGGAUAACAUGAGGCAAGUGUUUUUUAUAAAAAAAAAUGAAGGUGUUUUAUAAUUGGCAUAUUUCUGUGCUUUAGUGGAAGAAAGUUACCAGAUAAUGGUUUGAUAGUUUGACAAUUAAAAUUCAAAUAUAUUGACUAAGCCCUAAGAGAAUGGAUUGAAACAUUUGAAGUUGGAAUAAAGUAUUAUGUGUAUCACUUAUAGAUUUUGAUAUCACAAAGUCAUGGUAAAAAUUGUAAAAUGAGUUAAAGUACUUAUUCGAAGGAUUUGUCAAGCAAUAACCUGCCUAUUUAGGGAAAUAAAAUAAUUUAACGUGUAGACAGUAGUAUUGAUGCAUAUAUGAAGCAAUAAUCUGCCUAUUCAAGGAAUUUAAACUGAGACAUUAAUCUGCGGGAUAAGAGUGUUAUGUGUAUAUAAAGCAAAAAUCUAUAAUUAUUGAUGGUGUGUUCACUUGAAUCAGUAAGGGAAACAAAAUAGGAAGGAGGACUAUAUAUAUUUGUUUCCUUUUCAAAGAUGGAAUGAGAUUAUUAAGGACACCAUAUUGAUGGUUUGAUGUUUGGAGCUAUGUGAAGCAAGGUAAAGGGUGCAAACUUCCAAAAGUGAUUGGCUUGAAACACCAACUAAUCACAGUAUAAAAUAUGCAUUCAUACUUGAAACUCUCAAGCAAGAGUCUGAUCAAAUCAUCACAGUUCGUUCCCUUGAUCAAUACCUUUGAUCAGUACUGGAGGCAAGUUAACCUCCCAAAAUCUCACAAGUUCUCAGAUUUCCUACGGAAAUCUCCCAAAAUAUUUGAUCUGUAUAAGGACCGCAAGGGAGUUAUGGUGUGGGUUGACAAAAGAAGCUGAAAGUCUAUUGCAAGAAGAAGCUGAACUAAUAGAAAAGAACAGUGAUAAAGCUGCUGAAUAUUUGACUCGGAUGCUAAUGAUGUCGGUUGACAAGCGCAUCAGCCUGCCUUUGGAUUUCAGGAGCGGCUGGGUGCACAGGUAUCCCAAAUACUUUCGAGUGGUGAGACCCUUUGUGCCAUAUGAUUUAUAAGUGUUUGGUUUUUUAUGAUUUACUUUAUAAUUUAAACGCGUUAAAAUACUUUGAGUCUUCCAUUCCGGCCACUUAUAUCCAUAUACUGCAUCAUAUAAGUUUAUUUU